UUCCUGUUUGCAAUCAAGCGAUCUCUCUCUCUCUCACACACACUUCUCCGAGUGUGUGCUUGCGUGUGUGUGAGUGUGUGAGUGUGUAUGUGUGUGUGUGUGUGUGUGAAAACAAACACACUUUGGAGCAAACCUCGGCUCGGUGACGCUGAUCCGGUUGAAAGGUUUCGUGUUUUGGAUCAUGUGUGCAUGACAGCACGGCUGCGGACGCGCUCAGCUCGAUGCAUCAUCAUCAAAUGCAGUCGGACCUGAAAUCUGGCUGGCCCUCCACUUCGGAAAAUAACAACGGGAGCUGGACUAACACCAUGGAUGCCCCUCAGUAUCCAGGCUACCCGUCACACUACUGGUAUCCCCAGUCUCACUCCACAGGACACUAUGCAAAUACCUAUCCCGCGGGAUCAGAUGUUCAGCCACAGUACAAUCCACAGGUCAUGCCUGCAGGUUAUCCGAAUGGCCAUGGUGUCUACAACCCACCGCAGGGUCAAUAUUCCACAAGUGGUUUCCACCCAUCCAACCCGUUCUACUGUGCCGACCCUCAGAGACCGGCUCCGGGUCCUUAUCCCAACCAGGGCUGUCCAGCUGAGCAGAACAGCGGGCCGUCCGGGCAGCCACACUCUCAGCACCAGCACCAACAUCAUCACUAUCCUGGUCCACACUGUCAAGGCGGUCCAGGAUAUCCCGCUGGACCGUACCCUCACUACAAUGAAAGUGGUCACGCAAUGCCUCCGAAUCCCCCGUACCCGGCUGGACAGCCUCUCCACCCGAGCGCCCAGGCCGACGCGUGGGCACACUCCGGGGCGUACGGCUCCUCACAGCAGCAGUGGCAGCCAGGCCAGCAGCCGCCACAAAACCACUACGUCCGUCCGGCGCACCCUCCAGCAUGGCCAGGGACCGGAACCGGCGCUCCACCACCUUACCAACCCAAGGACCAGCAGCACCAACGAGCCCCACAAGUGGGACCUAAACCCAGACCGAAUCCACCUCUGAAUCCCCCCAACGGAAAGCCUGCCGAAAUUAGUUCACCCCCUCAAAUGUACAACAAAACCGGGAGAGGUGAGCCCAACCCUUCGCAAGGCGAACCCCCGCCCUCGGCCCCGGUCCAAGUUCCUCCUCCAGGUCAGGCCGGACCUCAGCCUCUGAGCAAUAACCCCGGCCUAGCGAGGGUCCAACAUGUCAUGUCCAGGGUGCUACUGCUUCAGGAAGAUGUUGACGAGUUUGUUGGCAAAAAGAUAGACAAGAGUUACCGUUGUCUGGAGGAACUGCUGACCAAAGAGCUGCUGGUGCUGGACUCUGUGGAGACUCAGGGACAGGAGAGCGUCCGGCAAGCCCGAAAGGAGGCCGUACAGAGGAUCCAGGCCAUUCUGGACCAGCUGGAGAAGAAAGCCUUCUGAACUGGACUUAUUUAUUGGUUUGUGGGUCACUAAGUCUUGCUGUUUUUCUUCUUUCCAGAUCUUCCAUGGACACAAUGAGGGUCUAAGUCUUGUUCCUUGGAGCUGUGUUAAGUUUUUUUGUUGUUUUUCUUUUUCUCCCCUUCCACCACUAUGGUGUACAAUGUCCUGAAGUAAGUGGGACGGACCCAAGAACAAGACAGAGCAACUACUGUAACAUGGAAUAGACCUUUUUAAAGCCUAAAUAUGCUGGUGUACUCGAUUACGGUGGUGUUGGAGGUGCUGACUGAUGGUUGUACAUAUCAUAGGUGACUCUCAGCCUCGGUGAGUGACUGUACUGACACUCUCUUGUCACUCCUUUGCCAGCAUGACGAGCUGGAAGUCACUGGAAGAUGAAUUUAUUCAGCGCACCACGUUGCAGCUGUUUUUAAACCUGUGAUACACAUUCUCGUCACGCUGUCCCUCAGGAUCGUGGGUCGGUUAAGGUCUGAUCCUACUAAUACACAUUGCACUCGGUUACCUGUCUACUAAUACAUUUCACAGUCCAUUGCACGAUCACGAUGUUGCCCUCACUCCCCCUUUCCUGCCCGAUAGAGGCCAUGCACUUAGUUGCCCGUUACUCCUCCACGUGUCUGCAGGAAUAGGUGCAAUGCUUCCCCUCCCUUUUUUUUUUCUUCUUGAUUGUGCUCCCGAGCCCUGCAUGCACUGUUAUGUCAGACGAGCCCUCAGUACAGUCACGACAUCUCCGAGCUGAAAAAUUGGGCCGACGCCGUAGCAGAUUAGUGAAAACCCCCCAAAGAUUGCUGUCCCCAUUAUUCCAUCUUUUGGAUGAAAUUGCUUCCUAAUUGUGGACCUAGAAUCAGACCUACAUUUGAAUGCCAUGUAUUUCACUCUAGGAACUACUGUUGUUACAGCGGUUUACUUGAAAAGCUGUUAAACUAUGUUCUUUCUGUCUUUUCUCUGUUUUUUUUCUUUCUAUGUUUAAAUCAAAUCCAGAUUUGCACCACAAUCCAUUUUUCUUGUGUAGAGUAAAUCUUUUUUUUUUUUUUCAAUCAUUGCUGAUGUGUUGAUUUAGAGAAAAAAAAAAGGAGUGCCAUAUUUCAGGGGAUGGUUUUAUAUGAUUAGAAAAAAAAGAAAUAAAUAAAAAUAAGAUCACAAGCUUUGCAUGAAAAAAAAAAAAACAUCUGUCAUAUGUGUUCAUUUUCCUGUGCUGGUAAGUUUCUGUUUAAAUGGAGCACAACUGUACAGUUUCAGAUGUAAUGCAUGUUUCUAAGACCAAAUGGGAAUCUUUGCCUGACUU